UAAGAUGCUGACUUGUUUAUGUUGAGGGGACAGGCGAAUGACUUCUGCGAGCUUUUGCACUUUUCCUUCGAGGCUUGUUCGAGGCAUUUCGCCUUCACGUGUCUGCUUUGUUGCAGGAAACGGAGGCAUGAGGUCUGUUUGUUGCUGAUUUGUGGUUGACAGACAGAGACUCACAGAGUCGAUUGAUAAGAAGGACUUAGGCGAGGAGUUUGGUCGAUGACUUUUGGUGAGUGGCCUUUGACCUCUCGCAGCUCUCCCUGCUGUGCCUGCCCUCGCUGCCCAGUGCACAGGAACACAUAGAGGACAGAGAGGAGAUAAAGGAGGAGCGAGGCCGACCAUGGAGCUGUAGAGACGUGCUCAGAUGCCUGUACGGAUCACCAGUGGAGGAGGAGUGUUGCUGAGGAGAAGAGCUCUGCAAUGAACAGGACCAAAAGGAAGUCCAAUGUGGAGAGUCCUGGUGUGCUAAAGGGCAAAAAGCUGGUCCAGCGGAGGAGGAAUACAUGUCCCAGUCCUCAGGACAUCAGCCGGGCCCUGCAGAGCCCCAGUUCUGCUCCCAGUGCCAGUGCUGCCAGCCUGGAUGACCUCAUACAGCGCUGCCUAAACUGCUUUGAUUCAGAGGGCAAGAUUUGCAGCCCAAGAGGGUCCCAGUUGGUCCACAUGACUCUGAUGAUGCACAGCUGGGUUGUGCCAUCUGAGACUUUUGCCCAGAAACUUCUCGCUCUUUAUAAGGACUGCCCCUCCGACAAGAGAGGAAUCAAGCGGACGCAGAUCCGCCACUUUGUCAGGCAGUGGAUCGGCCAGUUCCCGGCCGUGUUUGAGGUGGACCCCCACCUCGAGCAGACCAUGGGGGACCUGUGGGCGCUGGUCCGGUCAGAUGGAGAGGAGAAGCACUCGCAGCUCAUCGACACCUCCUGCCUAAGCCCUCAUGUGAACAUAUCCCAGGCACCCUCCCCCUCUGUGAAGAAGAGGAAGGUGUCUUUAAUAUUUGACCACAUGGAGCCGGAUGAGAUGGCCGAGCACCUGAGCUACCUGGAGUUUAAGAACUUCUGUAACGUAUCAUUUCUGGACUACCGCAGUUACGUGGUGCGAGGCUCGGUGCGGGACAACCCCGCUCUGGAGCGCUCGGUCAUGAUGUGUAAUGGAGUCUCCCAGUGGGUCCAGCUGAUGAUCCUCAGCAGGCACACAGCCCAGCAGAGAGCCCAGGUCUUCACCAAGUUCAUUCAUGUGGCUCAGAAACUUCGAGCUCUGCAAAACUUUAACACUCUCAUGGCCGUGACCGGAGGCCUCUGUCACAGCUCGAUCUCCCGCCUCAAAGACACUUCGAACCUGCUGCCUCCUGACGUCACUAAGGCUCUCAGUGAAAUGACAGAGCUGCUCUCCUCACGCAGCAAUUACAGCAACUACCGCCGGGUUUACAACGAGUGCUCCGGCUUCAAGGUUCCCAUUCUGGGUGUCCAUCUGAAGGAUCUGAUCUCUCUGAACGAGGCCCUGCCGGACUACAUAGAUGAGGAGAAGAUCAACCUGAGCAAGCUGCAGCACCUGUACAGCAACAUUAACGACCUGCUGGCCAUCCACAGCUGUCAGCCACCUUUUGAGGCCAACAAAGACCUUCUGCAUCUGCUCACGCUCUCUCUAGAUUUAUACUACACCGAGGACGAGAUCUACGAACUGUCAUACACCAAGGAACCCAAGAACCCCAAGGUUCAGCCCGUAGCUCCAGUUAAACCACCGGUAGUGGCAGAGUGGGGUUCGGGAGUCACCCCCAGGCUCGACCCUGACACCAUCUCUAAACACGUCAAACAGAUGGUGGAUUCCAUUAUGAAGAAUUACGACCACAAUCAGGAUGGCUACAUUUCACUGGAGGAAUUUGAGAAAAUAGCAGCCAACUUCCCCUUCUCCUUCUGCACUCAAGAAACUGACAGGGAGGGACAAAUCAGCCGUGAAGAAAUCACCUCUUACUUCAUGAGGGGAAUGUCCGUAUGUGCCAAGCUGGGGUACAACUUCAAUGACGCACAUAACUUCCAUGAAACCACAUACAAGCGACCAACUUUCUGUGACACAUGCAGAGGUUUUCUGUGGGGUGUCACCAAACAGGGCUACCACUGCAAAGACUGCGGGAUAAACUGCCACAGACAGUGCAGAGACCUGGUGGGAAUCGAGUGUUUGAAGAAGCACAAAAACACGAGCGGCUCCUGCCCGUGCACCCCUGCACCUGAUCUAAGGACCAAGGGCAACAGCUGGAGUUCAGAAGAGGAGACCUUUGUUUUUCCUCCGAGUAAUGAAACAGAACCCCACAGGAGCACGACCGAGUGGAAAAACAACAGCGGGGAUUCGGUGCUGUCGGACCGCUCCAUGCAAACGGAUCCUGGAGUUUGGACACCUGAGAAGAAGGAGAAAAAGGGAACCCAGCUUCACUCUCGUCCAUCAGAGAGAAAGGUCAGCACUCUGCCACACAGAACCCGCUGCUCCAUGCCCGUUUCCUUCCUGCAGGAGAAGAUGGAGGAGCUGCAUCUGUACAAAGACAAAAGCAGGGAGCCAGACUGAGCGCUCGCUUCCCCACACGGACAAAACAGACACGCAAACUUUUCUUUUUCUGGACGAAGCUGUUGAACUGAUGCGGUUUACUGGCCGUUUAUUUUGGGCCGGCGAAGGACUCGGUGGUGUUUCCAGCAGGGUCGCGUGAUGUUUUGAAUGUUAUCUUUGUCGAUCAUAUUUUACAGACUAUCAGGCUCCAAACAUCGGUUCUCCUACUGAGGAACAUUUUCUCUUUAAAACUGGUGCUAAGGUCUUAAACCACCUCACUUCCUAAUUUAUGUGAAGCUACAGGCCGGCUGUUCCUGAUAACAGAUUCACACGCAGGGUAGGAAACACUAACCUCAACAAAGUUGUGGUUAUUUUGUAACACUGGCAGCUAUAAGA